AUGAGUGCUGAAGCGGGGACGGGCUCGGCCCAGUUCUCGCUGAAGGACUGCACAGCGGCGACGUGUCCGUACGAGCAUUCGUUCUACCUGUAUCGAAUCGACAUCGUGCCGAACGCGGUGUUCGUGGGGCUGUUCGGGGCGUCGCUGUUGGGAUUUGUCGGCGUGCUGGCGGCCACGCGCCGCGGCCUCCCCUUCGCGGUCGCUAUGGUCCUCGGCCUGCUGUGCGAGAUCCUCGGCUACGCCGGCCGCAUCAUGAGCUGGCACAACCAGUGGUCCGAGGACGGCUUUCUCAUGCAGAUCUGCUGCCUCACCAUCGGCCCCGCCUUCCUCGCCGCCGGCAUCUACCUCUGCAUCCGCCAGAUCGUUUCCGCCUUCGGCCCCGAGAACUCCAGGAUCCCGCCCCAGUACUACACCCGCAUCUUCAUCCCUUGCGACAUCAUCUCGCUCGUGCUGCAGGCCGCGGGCGGCGGUCUUGCCUCGUCCGCCUUCCACCAGGGUGAGCCGACCGAGACGGGAGACCACAUCAUGAUCGCGGGGCUGGCGUUCCAGGUCUUCACGCUGCUCGUGUUCACGGCGCUCUCGCUCGACUACGGCCUCAACACGCUGCGGCACCGGCGGCGGCAGCGCGCCCUGGACCCGAGCCCCGGCCCCGCCGCUGCUCCCGCUGCCACUGCCAAACGGCCCCUCAUGUUCCGCCUCUUCCCCGCCGCCCUCGCCCUCAGCACCGUCUGCAUCCUCUGGCGUAGCGUGUUCCGCGUCGCCGAGCUGAGCCGCGGGUGGACCGGCCCGCUCAUGGAGCGGCAGGACCUGUUCGUCGGCUUCGAGGGCGCCAUGAUCGCCGCCGCCGUGCUCGUCCUCAACGUCUUCCACCCGAGCCUGUGCUUCGGCCCGGACAUCACCGACGCCGCUCCCUUCAAGAUGCGCCCCUCUGCCGCGAAGCCCGACACCCCUGCCGCUAGCGACUCCGACGCUAAAGACGUCGAGGAUCGCGGCGACCAGCGCUGA